AUGGGCGAAAAGAGCGACAGUGAUGAUGAUUACAUGUCAGACAAAUUCCUGAACCCACCUGAUGCGCCUUCUCGUUCAGAUUUGCUUCUUAACAAUAAGAAGCAUCAUAAGUCCGUAGAGAACCCGCAACGUUUCCAAGGCGUAACAAAGGGGAAGCAAAUGGUUGUUAAGCGCGAGGAGGGUUUGAAAAGGCGUAUUGGGGAAGAUAACGUUGGGUUUAAAAUAAUGAAGAAGAUGGGUUUUACGGGUGAGGGUGGAAUCGGCAAAAAUUCUGAAGGUCGCUCAGAACCGGUACCAAUAUCCGUAAUCGAUGGACGCAAAGGCCUUGGUCUCCACAAUAUAAAGGAAAAACGAGACGAGGCAUUCGCAGCAGCCAGACAGCAGCGUGAUCUCAAGAUAUCCGCUUUCCAGUCUGAUUUUCGCGCUUCCAUGGCCUCAAGGUUUUACAUGGAGCGGGUUCAGCGACAACUGACCGCCGCCCGGUCAAUUUGCAAACAACUUGACUUGGCUCAGUCCCUAGAACAGCCUGUUGAUAAGGCAUUUUGGCCCCCGGACGAUUUGACAGCAAAACUGCUUGCUCAGUCGAAGGUGAUUCGACGGGAAAUCUGCCGGUCAGAGCCUCGGCGCAGUUGUGCCAAAAAACCUAAACACCUAACCGUCCCACCAAAUAAAACAGAAGAUUCCCCAGAAUCCCUGGAUGCGCCACUCGGAGAGUACGACUCUGUCCUCGGCAUCGAAUCUGAUGAAGAAUAUUACGAUGUCGACGCCGCUCAGCACGGACCCAUCGAAUCGGAAGCAAGCGUUGAAUCGCCUGAUGUGAUCCUGGCUCGUCUUUCCGUCUACCUAAGGGAGUCCCAUUCCUACUGCUUCUGGUGCGGUGAGCAUUACUCAAACAAUUCCGACCUCAUGACCAACUGCCCAGGUCCGUUAGAGGAAGAUCACGGGUAA